CUUAUUUUUUAAUAUUAAAUCAUAGUUACUGACUUAAUAUUUAGCAAAUAAUACGUUAAGUUAGCCAAUACCAAAUAUAAUGGCUGACUCAACUGCUGAAGCGACUUCUAGUCUAACGCUGAGACCGUUGCCCAGGCGAGCGUUGCCACCUUUAACUUCUGGUGAGGCAGCUUCUACUACAAGCAUGGUGGAAAGUUUAAAUGAGAAACCAACUUCAGAAAAUGUAACUCCAAGAAAGAAGCGCAGAAAAAGGCAAAAUAUUUCUGCAAGUGAAACGCCAACUGAAAGUCCAUCUCGUAGCUUACCUCCUAUCUCAGCUGCUGCAACAACACAAGAUACACUAAACCCAAACACUUCAAAUACUUCAACUGCUUCGAAAACUGCUCGUGCUCGACGGCGACAAGGGAACCGAAAACCUCGAAAGACUCCUUCUCCUGAAGUGAUAACCAAUGGUCAAGCGAUAACAAACAUGGUGAAUGAAGAAGAUGUGGUUGCCGUUGAACAUAUUGAAGACAUGGUUUCAAUGUCAACAUUACCCGGAAUACCUGGUGCUGGUGGGGCCAACAGCCAAGCACAAGAUCGGGUUUAUGUACAAACCACAUCCGGCUUUAAAAGUCACACUGAUGAUUGGCUUGCAUCAAGAAUGAACAAAGCUAACCAGAGAUCCGACACAGAAGAUGCAUCACAUGUUACAGGAUCAGAGGAGGUUGCUCUAAGCUUCCAUCGAGCUUUCCUUUUCUUGACGUUUCUGCUCCAUGGUUUGCUUGCUGGAUUGACAGUUAUGCAGAUGUCCAUAGCUUUCGUUCUACGUGGACCAGGAGAUGAAAACUUUUUCGAACAAUAUCGUAUUCUUGCCCAACCUAUUCAAUCUACUUUCUAUAUCCUCAUCACCCUUUGCUUAGUAGCAGCCAUGGACAGAUCUAAUGUGGGAAAACUGGGAAGUGAUUUUUUUAUCAAUCUCUGCAAAGUGGAAGCUACAGCCUGGACUGUCGUUGUCUACUUUAUUGCUUUUGGCAUGAACGUUGGGAUUUCUGGUUUCGACUUCUGGCUUGGUAGAGGAACUAUAGUGGCAACCACGGUAACAGGCGGCACCAACUCUACGACGUUAAACUUUGAUGAUCUCAAUGCAACUUCAACAUCAUCUUUAACUACAUGGACAGUUCUCAACGUACUGCGAUGUGUAUUUGUCGUCAUCGGGUGGCUUCUCAUCGCACUAUCCCCAAACACAGACGCAACUCUAGCACAACUUUUUGCGCCAAGCAGCGAAGAGCAACAACAGCAGUAAAGGGAAGAUAAGAUCACUCGUUACCACAACGUACCAUAUCCCCAACCACACGAGAUUGCGGUUUGAAUUUUAUUGAUCGAUUCUACAUAAAGUCUAUUAAAUGCCAUUCAAUUCACCGUAAGCCUCAUUGAACAAUAUUCUUCUUGGUCAGGUUUUCUAGCUGUUGCUAAUGGCGUUAUUGGGUAAAUAAGACCAAAAUUACACCCGCAAGACGAUGCUGUUGCGUAGUCACUUUAAAUUUCAACGAAACAGAGUUUUUUUUUCCAGAAAACUGAUUAAUCAGUGUUGCAAUUUACCAAAGACAUAAAUUAUUUUUUUACAUGUAGAGUUACAAUACCGUUUCUAUUUGAUUUUAAAAAAUCGUCUUUCCGCUAUUACCUGGCCCGUUAUUCCCCGAUUAACCUACAGUAUUCACCGAAAGCAGUAUAUACGUGAUUAUGUUACAUCAGUAACGCCAUCUGUUCCAUUUACCUCCAACAGGAAGUUAACGGUUUUAGUCUUUUCUGUACAUUUUCAUAAUCACGUGAUGUACUCACCCACUAAGUCGCAUGCUACAGCUACGUGACUUGUAGCAUGAUUUUUUGCUGCGAUUUCUCGAAACAUUAGUCUACAUUGUACAACGUAUUUUAUUUUACCAAAAUUUAUAAAAAACUUUACUUUUCAAUCUGCUUAAUGAACGUCUUUUACCUCGAAUGGUCGGUAUUAGCAAUGUACUUGCGUUAACAACUA